GUGAAACAUACAAAGAGACAGACAUCCUCAGCCUCGCGCAGACGAUCUGUUUCCCCAGAUGAUUGACUGAGGGAUUUCGAGUGAUGGUCUGUGUGACCCUAUAUAUGCCUCCCCCCAUUCCUCUUUUUUCUUCACUCUCGUCUGACACCUAGCCUCCCUCUUAAAUGGCCUCAUAGAAUCCUCUCGUUAACCACUCUCUAUACCACUCUCUUUGAUCAAAAUGCUACUCUCUUACCUCUCCCUCCUCAGUAUCCUCUCUGUCACCUCAACCGCCAAAUCCCUCCCUCAUCUGGACACCCCCGACCAAGCUAAACUCAUUCCCGCUCACGAAGUCAUUCUUCCCUGCGCGAGAUGCGCCUUCGAGGACUUGAAUUGCGAGCGAGAGGAUCCCGAUAGCUAUUUGACAAUCACCUUCUCCACCGAAAACAACACCCUCCUCGCCAACGACCAUGUCAUCUUCCCGUCCCCCCUGCCCAUGGAGUUCUCUGCCCCCAGACACGCCGGCUCCGGCCAGGACGACGGCGUCAGAGUCUCAUACGCGCUGGACGCCAGACCGAUUCCGAAAACGCCCCACGCCAAGCUUGGUGACAUCUAUCUGCUGAAGCUGAAGCUGCUGGAUGAAUUUGGCCGGUUGGCGAGUGACUACGAGGUGUUAGUUGGACUUGUUCGGCCUGAGUCUGAGUCUGGGUCCGACCUGGCCAUCACGGAAAUCAACACCUCUGCGCUUCCUCACCACCACCAUCAUCAUCAUCACCCCAGUCCGAAUGAUUCCAACGGCGACACGAAAUCCCUCAUCCUCGGCACCUUACAUGCCCUCAAAACCACCGCAAAAGAAUGCAUCCACCUCCUAACCCACCCUGAACCUCCCCACCACCACCACCACCACCACCCCAGCACCAAGAACGAGAACGAAAACGAAAACGAAAACGACUCUACUCCCUCUCCCCCGCAAAAAGACGCCCACCGCACCGUCCCUCCCGUCCCUAAGCACGGCCACAGAAGCCAUCCCUACUGGCACGGCUCGCACCGCAAUUUCGGCCGCUUAGUGCGCCCGGUCAUCUUGCCUGCGUUGCUGGGCGCCGCGACGGGGGUUAUGGCGCAUGUUGUUAUGUAA